AUGGGUAUUUGUGCGCAGUAUGGACAGGCCGGGGGCCAGGAGUUCAACAUCCCGAUAGCAAGAUACACGCUCUAUCCGCUUUGCAAAGUUCUCGCGCAAUAUUCCGCGGCUUGCUCGGGACAAAAAGCGAAUCUGUCCGACCCUUUCUUUGACUCAGACCUAGACAUAUACUCAGGUCCCCGCCCAACUUGUGAAUUCACUGCCGACACGGGUGUGCGUGUCUGCGCACAAUGUAAACUGAGCAAGAAUAAAGUGCGACAAAGCUCCUUCCCAGCAUGCCCAUUCUGUAUGCACACUAUUUGGUCGAUUCGUUACCGAGAGUCUGCAGACAGCAACCGGCUCUCGGUGUCGUCAGGGCUGUGUCGUAGGGCGCUUACAAUUGCCGUCUGCUUGAAAGCAACUCCAAGCGCCAGUGCCUCUUUCCUUUUCUUGCUAUACAAGAGCGCCAGACUCGUGUCAUUGUUUGCAUCGAAACGAUACGGUGGAAGCCAGCCUACACCAGUCUACCUCGAUGUAGCGCACCACCUACGCCUCCAAUACCACCGGAGUGAGACUAGCACAGCAAAACCAUAUUCUCCCCAAUUGGCUGUCUUAUACUCCCUAUUCUGCUCGGGGCACGCUCUCCCCUCGAGCGGGCUCACCAACUUUGCGCAAUUAGGGGAAGAUCUAGAAGCAUCAUCAUCUAAUCCGACAAAGGACAAGUCAGCGGGCGGGGCAGUAGGUGAGUUUUAG